ACUAAAUUAAAGAAAACUGUGCUCAAAGCGGUGGCGAGUCACGACGUGCCUCGCUUUCCCCUUCACCCCACCAUCCCUUCUCUCUCCUCCAAACUUCUUUCAUCAUCAUUUUCAUCUUCUUCUUCGAAGACGCUGUCUCCACUUUUUCUCUCUUCAAUUAAUCACUCAAUUUCCCAAAUUCAAUCUAUAAGAAGGUUUGAUGGCUUCGACAUCUGGGGACUCUUGGAUGAAGGAGUACAAUGAAGCGACCAAAUUAGCUGAUGAUAUUAAUGGCAUGAUAUCAGAGAAAACAGCAAUGUCAGGUUCUGGACCAGAUUCACAGCGUCAUUUUUCAUCUUUACGGCGAAAGAUCACAAUCCUUGGGACUAGACUUGAUAGUUUAGAAUCCCUGUUAUCUAAGCUUCCUAGUAAGAAGACUAUAACAGAGAAAGAGUUGAAUCGCCGCAAGGACAUGCUUUCAAACUUGAGAACGAAGACGAAUCAAAUGGCAACCACUUUGAACAUGUCAAAUUUUGCCAACAGAGACAGCUUACUUGGGCCGGAGACAAAGUCUGUUGAUGCCGUGACUAGAGCUUCUGAGAUGGAUAAUCAAGGCAUUGUUAGUCUUCAAAGGCAAAUCAUGAAGGAGCAAGAUGAAGGGCUUGAACAGUUGGAGGAGACUGUUAUGAGUACAAAACAUAUUGCACUCGCUGUGAAUGAAGAACUUGAGCUACACACAAGACUCAUUGAUAACCUGGAUCAACAUGUUGAAUUUACAGGCUCUCGAAUGCAGCGUAUAUCGAGGAGUCUUGCAAUUCUGAGCAAGAAAACCAAGGGUAGUUGUUCCUGCUUGUGCCUACUGCUGUCAGUUGCUGGGAUUAUAGUUUUAAUCCUUGCUAUCUUUGUGUUGAUAAAGUAUUUAUGAUUGUAUGUAUCAAGUGUGUGUAUGUAAAUUGUAAUGUUGUGAGAAUUCUUCUAUUUUCUUCUUUUUCCUUUUUGUUGCCUGCUUCUUGUGAAGUCAAGUCAUGGAUUGGUUUGCCCUGCUGUAUGCGAUGCUUAAACUACACGAUUAAAGCAAUAUGAGUGUUCGAAAAGCUUACAAGAA